GGCACGAGGGAUUUUCCAACUAUAAAUAGUCAGGAUCAAAGCUCCGAAAAGCAUUCCAGUCCACCGUCUCACAGUGUAACUAAGCUACAGCAGCUUUAACAAAUUUUCUUCUCAAGAAAACUACCAAACUAAAACCAGCAUCAUCAUGUACAAGUUCUUGGCUCUCCCACUCUUCUUCGCCGCCGUCUCGGCCGGAUACCUCGGAGCUCCCCUGGCCUACGGUGCCCCAGCCUACGCUCAUGCCCCAGCUUAUGCGCACGCACCAGCUUACGCCGCCGCUUAUCACGCACCUCUGGCCUACUCGGCCCCAGUUGUGAAGGCCGUUGCCCCAGUUGCGUACGCCGCCCCAGUCGUUAAGGCCGUUGCCCCACUGGCCACUUCCUAUGCCAACACCUACAAGGUCUCCGUCAAGGCUCCAAUCGCUUAUGCUGCCCCAGCUGUGGUCGCUCAUGCUCCAGUCGUUGCCCAUGCCCCAGCUUACGCCGCUGUCGCUGCUCCAGCUUACCACGCUCCUCUGGCUUAUGGCGGUUACGCCCAUGGUGCUUACGCCCACGGAUACCUGCACUAAGUGUCCCCAAGCCGUUUGGAAACUUCAACAACAUGUCGCCACCCUUCUUGUUCGUCUUCAUUAGCAGCACAACCCCGAGAUGAGAACGCGCGCACGCACACACACUCACACAUAAACACACGAGCGCAGGCUCACAGCCCCACAGAUCAUUCCAUCCAUUACUGAGAAAGAAAUAGUACCAGGGAGACAAAACACUGCCGCCACAUCCUGCCGGAGAAUUGUUUUGUGAUAGCAAAUUUUCCAUCCUGAGAUUGUAGCUAGAACUUUUUUUUUUAUUUCUUGUUUAAGUCAUCAUCGAUUAACGAAUAGCGGUGUGCGGGAGCAAACAUCCCCCCAGCAGAGAACAAAAUGAGUCUAAUUGUGUACAUAUGAUGUAUAGUUUUUUUGUAUUUAUUGCGAAGAAAAGCUAAAAAAAGACACAGAUAUCAA